AGAAACUUUGGUAUGUAGUACAGACAAAAAGGUAAUCAAGAAAUAAAACGAUCCCGCAAUUGAGUGCUGGUCGUGGCAGAGCCUUGCAAUAUGAUGUGGUCUGGGGGGUAUCCUGAGAAGUAGGAUGACAAGGGUUGUCGGGUCGGCUGGCCAAGGAGGCCGAUGAGGGAAUGGAAGAAACGAGGGGUGUCGAAACCGAGGCCGAGAUCGAUGGAAACCAGGAACAAGCGCUGAUGGGAAAGUCGACAGCAACCAGCUCCGAACCUUCCCUCGACCAUCCUGGAACCCCAUCGAUAUCCAGUCUGAGGCUCUGAGGAAAAAGGUCAUCCAAAAGCACUGAGAAACGCUUGAGGAAUCAGAAAUCCAAGUCGAGGAAUGGAUAUGGCCGAGCAACAGUCGACCAAGGGAGGCAUCAUCAAGGAGGGAGUGGAUGAACUUCAAUCGAUUAUCGAUCAGCCAUCCGCUCAACCAUCCCCACAAUCACUCAAAACGCUAUUCCAGAAGAUCUCCUCUCAAAACCCAUCGCUCCGUGCCAAGGCCUUCAGCGCACUAGCAAUCACCCUGCAAUAUCAUCAAGCCAAAGCUUCAUCGUUAUUCAAAGUACCACUCGAGACUUUACUACAUUCGACAAUAGUUGAAGAAGUCUGUGAUGGUCUUGCCGGUCUCUCGGCUCUCUUCAUGCUCUCGCCGCAAGAUGCACUGGGGAUAAUACGAUCGGACGGUUUUCUGACAAAGCUUGCCGAAUCGGUUGUUGAUCUGCUUGCCCUCGGCCCUUCCAAAAGCCAAUCCAAGGCCGAUCUCAACCAAUCUUUCUCCGAGUUUAUCGCCCUCAGUCUCAACCAUAAACCAGUCAGAGAGAUCAUCAAGUCCGAUUGGCCAGGCUGUUUGGACUGGUUGAAUAAGAUCGCAUUGGCUACGACCUCCGACGUUUCCAUCCCGGCUCACUGCGCGGCAAGCCUGGCGUUGAUCAAAUUGCGUUUGACGAGCGACUUACAGGAUAAAAACAUCGAGCUACCCUCGAUGACUCGCUUGACACAAAUCAUGCUCGACGCCCUACUGGACAAAACUUGCCCUCCAAAUGCCCCAAUCGAGGGAUUGGCCCUGCUCAGUGAACACGGAACCGUUCGAGAGAUCCUGAUGAAAAACUCAGAGAGGGUUUUACAAGCUACCAAAGCACUCUCGGCCAGCAAGGAAUGUCUAGAAACCGAUGGAAUGAACAAAUCUGACACGUCGAUCGCCUAUGGGGUCGCGACGAUCAUAGCUCAUCUUUCUGCAUACAAGGUCAUUAAAACUGAUGAAGACCGGGCAGCCGAACAACUCAAGAAGCUCGCACAACGAAGUGGUCAAGCAGUCUCAAACGAUAAGCCCUCAGGAAGCUUGGAUGAUAACCAAGAAACAGAGAUCCCUGAUGAGCUAGUAUUUGAAUGGAUCCAAUCUUGCCUGAAACGGAAUAAUGAUCUGAUGGAUACUGUGGGCUGGCUUGCUAAGAGUGAAAGUAAAGAAGUCAAACGGACUACGGGUAAAGUCCUCCUGAACUUGGUCGAACGUCAAGACUGCAGAGGACUCGUCUUACAAUCUGGGGGCGGAAGGAUGUUGAUGAAAAUCAUCGCAACUCUGACAGUCUCUAGCAACAACCCGAAACCGCAACUUCCCGCCUUGUCGACAGCCUCAGAUUCAAGUCAACCCAUGCUCGACCCAUCCGAUCUCCACAUCAUUCAAGCCUUGGCCAAGAUUCUCAUCACCACCAACCCAUUGCUAAUCUUCGGACCUUCAGCAGACUCGCCGAUUUUGUUUUCGACCAUCAAACCGCUGACCACUCUAUUCAUCCACCCAUCCUCGACACUCCUCCAAACCUUUGAGGCCUUGAUGGCCUUGACGAAUCUUUGCAGUCUUGGAGGACGGAUCCCGACGGAGGUGGCAGGAUCGCCGCGGGUCUUGAGCCGCUUAGAAGAAUGCAUGAUUGGUGUUCGGACGGGCGAAAACUACAUGGUCCGACGGGCGGCUACCGAGCUGAUCUGCAACCUGUCUAGCACCCCACUCGUCCUCGCCAGUUUCGGCCCUCAAUCAAAUGAGCCAGCGGGCAGCAGAGGAUCGGCGCAUAUCUCAAGACUGCACAUCCUGAUCGCCUUAUGCUCGAGCGAAGACCUCCAGACUGCCCUUGCGGCUGGGGGCGCAUUGGCCAUCCUCACCGAACAUUCCAAAGAGAUCUGUCAAGCUAUCCUGAGCUCAGAAACAUUAACCUCCAGUCUCUCGAGGAUCUUUCGGGAGUCGAUUGAAGAAGACUUGGCUGAACCAGUCGAAGAGGAGGGGGGAAGACUGGAGGAAGGCAGGAUUGGCGUCCUGUUUCGCUUCGUCAGCUUGAUCGGUAACUUGUCCUCAACCACCCCCGAAUCUUACCCCAAUUUCUUCAGUCCCGCCUUGAUCCAUUCUCUUAACUCCCUCAUCCUAAAAUUCGCCCCUCGUGCUAAGGAUGAUAACCAAGCCCAGGCCUUGGUUCAGUUGGUCAAACUUGUAAUCCAAUCCAUUGAGAAGUAACUUCGUUCAAACACACACACACACACACAUGCACAUUAUCAAUUGUUGCAGCUAUCGAGAUCGUCUGAGACAAAGCUAAAACACUGUAGCAGUAUAUUCGUACCCAAGCAAACCCAAAGAAAUCACGACCAAAGUGGCGAGCUUGACGAGCCAAAUCUGAUGGAUUUUGUGAGGAUGCUCUUGUGUAGUUUGUGGGCCUUGCUUGUUCUUGCGCUUGAAUGCCCACUGCAGCCCCGAAGUCCAAGAUCCCCCUCUUGCCCUGUCAUCAUUUGGAUGCAAAAAA